AAGCACCCUCACCUCCCACACCCCACCCCCACCAACCCUCGCCCACCAGCAAUGGAAACCACCCACCGCAAAAUCGAACUCCAAUCCCCACUAGACCUGACCUACCUGCACCAAAACACCACUCUCUGCGCACGCGAAAAGCUAGAUCUACAUUUUCCUCCAUCGGCCGCUCCCGCCUCUGCCUCUGACGAUGUUUUAAAGUCUCGCGUUGAAGAGCUGGUAUCCCAAUACCUGCAAAAAGUGUUUGAGGAUGCAAAGGAAAAUUUGGCGAUUAAUGGGUUGGAAGGCAAGGAUAUGGAAGAAGCGGUGAAGAUGGCGGAGGGAAAGGGGGAAGUGUGUGAUGCGCAGNAAUUGGAACCUUACGACUCCAAACUGUCUAUGAAACUCCAAUCCCUAUCCGCGCAAAUCGAAAACCUGACGUUGCAACUCGCGACUUUGCGACGAGAGGCCCCUGCCAAAGCUGCUGCUGCAUAUGCCGCUAACCUCCACCUCCAAGACCAGCAAUUCCAAAAUGCGAGAAUGGUGGCAGAGGAAAGCCAAAGGCAAAAGAUCAAAGAAGAGGAGGAUUUGUGUGGUGUCAGUCAACUCAGGGAUUGGAGUGAGUGUGAGAGGAAUUGGGAACAAGCGACAAAGGGGUUGGUGGAUGUCAAGGAGAGGGUUGGGGCUACGAGUGCGAGUCUGGUGCAGGCGAGGGAUGCUGCUGCGUAUUUGGAUCAGGCUGGCAAGUGA